AUGGAUGAGGGGGCUGCCUCACCCCUGCUUCCCAAUAGCCUUGUCUAUCAGAUCUUCCUCAACCUGGGACACGCUGAUGUGCUGGCCACUGGGCUGGUGUGCCGCCAGUGGCAGGCUGUAGCCUGCGAUGAAUUCCUCUGGAAGGCACUUUUCUACCGCUAUUAUCACGUGGACCAAGAUGUGCCCCGCCAUCCGGCUGCCGUGUCCUGGUACGAGGAGUUCCGGUGGCUCACCGACAUCAUCCCCUGCGUAGAAGUCCAGACUUUGAGGGAGCACAGCGACCAGGUCCUCCACCUCAGCUUCUCCCAAAAGUGCUUCCUGUUUGCUUCCUGCUCCAAAAACUGUACCAUCAAGAUCUGGGACAAUGACCUGGCCAUCUCCCUGCUGCACAGCUCCAACAUGCGACCCUACAACUGGAGUUACACCCUGUUCUCCCAGUUCAAUUGGGAUGACACGCUCCUCCUGGUAUCCGGGGUCUUCGUGGGACCCCACAGCUCCUCUUCAGGAGAGAUUGCGGUCAUCAGCCUGGACAACUUCACCUUCCUGUCCCGGGUGCGCAACAAACCCUAUGACGUGUUUGGCUGCUGGCUUAAUGAAACCAAACUGAUUUCCGGGAACCUGCACAGGAUUGGACACAUCACAUCUUGCUCUGUGCUAUGGCUGAACAUCGCCUUCCAGGGCAUCGAGUUGGAGAAUGUGAACAUGGUGAAGAGGCUGUUCAAAAUCCAGAACCUGAACGCCAGCAAUCGCAUGGUGAUGAUGGCCAACUGCAGCCACCAUGACUCUCCUGACCUCCUCCUGGACUAUGGGGAGCAGCGGGCCGCCACUGCUGACGUCUUUGACCCGGCUGACGAGGAGGAGGAGGCAGGCCGGGCCCCAGAGAGGGCCGGGUGUCCCGGCGGAGCUACCUGCGGGGGCCGAGGGGUUGUGCGCUUCUUGGACGACCUGGAGGAGCAGGGGAGGCCCCUCCUGAGCGAGCAGGAGCUGGAGACCAAGGUGGCAGAGCUGCUGGCCAGGAGCAGGACUAAGCUCCCCCAGGGCUCGGGCGGCGGCCCGCCCCCCAUGGGUGAGCAGGAGGCCCAGAAGAAGUACCUGAUCUUCACCACUGGCUGCCUCACCUACUCCCCACGCCAAAUAGGGAUCAAACAGAUCCUGGCCCACCAGAUUACCAUGGCAGGGCUGGUGCUCGGAGAGGAACGGUGGUCUGAUGAAUUUUUUGACUCCCUGGAUCACGUGAUCGACGUGCAAGGGCACAUCAUUGGGAUGGGGCUGUUCCCCGACCAGAGGUAUCUGUACGUGAAUAGCCGCUCCUGGCCUGCACUGGUGUCUGACCCCAUGCACCCGCCACCCAUCGCCGAGGAGAUCGACCUGCAUGUGUUUGACCUGAAGACGAUGUGGGAGGUGAAGCAGGCCCUGCGGGUCCUCUGGGCCUACACCCCCAAUGAUGAGUCCUUCUUCAUCUUCCUUGACAUCAGCAGGGACUUGGUCGACAGCGGCGCAGAAGACCGGCGAGGCUACAUCUGGGACCAGCACUACAAUAUCUGCCUGGCCAAAUUCCAGCACGAAGAUGUGGUCAACUCGGUGGCCUUCAGCCCCGUGGACCAGGAGCUGCUGCUCAGCACCAAUGAUGACACCACCUUCAAGGCCUGGCGCUUGCCCCGCGUGGUCCGCGCCGGCCAGCCGCCACACCCAGGAAUGCCUAGGUUCUCCUGGCUCAGUGGCCAGAAAAGCUGA